GGCUCCGGUAACGAAUUCGACAUCCUCAAGCAUCUCUGCGGUGAAAUCGUACCCUACCAAGAAACCCUUCUUCCCCUUCACGCGCCAAAUAAUAAAUAACGCAGAGAGAGGGAGGUGGUAAAACGCGAUUAGAAAAAUCAACGCUUGCGGAGGAAGAAAAAAAUCGGUCUUUUCUCCCGUUUUCCAUCCGAUUUCUCCUUGAUUUCCCUUCUCUCUCCAUUUUAGUUCGAUUUCUCUAGCUUGUCCGUUCGUGAAGGAUGUACCUGAGAUGGGCUUUGAGGAGUUUGAGCCGCUCGAGAGCCGGAUUCCACGGCUGCAGUUCUGAGAGAUUCUUCUCCACGGCUUGCUGUGGACACAUUUUGAGUAGAAAUCCUUCCGAGAUUCGCUCAAAGUAGGUAUUGGGUUGCAGAGAAGCUUUUCUUUGGGGCUCACGUGGUCUACAUGACAUAAGAUAUCAGAUUCAUCAGGACAGGAGUUCUGCAGCUGAGGAACCACUGGAUCCCUUUUCCCUGGUUGCUGAUGAAUUAUCAAUUCUUGCAAACAGAUUGCGUGCAAUGGUGGUUGCUGAGGUUCCCAAGCUGGCAUCAGCUGCUGAAUACUUUUUCAAGAUGGGAGUUGAAGGGAAAAGAUUCCGUCCUACGGUCUUGUUGCUGAUGGCAUCAGCUCUGAAUAUGCCCAUACCUCAAUCAGCAGCUGAUGGCGUGUUUGGUGGCUUACCAAAAGAGUUGCGUACAAGGCAGCAGUGUAUUGCAGAGAUAACUGAAAUGAUUCAUGUAGCAAGCCUUCUUCAUGAUGAUGUCUUGGAUGAUGCUGACACGAGGCGUGGUAUUGGUUCAUUAAAUUCUGUAAUGGGGAAUAAGCUAUCUGUGCUGGCAGGAGACUUUCUACUUUCAAGAGCUUGUGUUGCACUUGCAUCAUUAAAGAAUACAGAGGUUGUAUCUUUACUGGCAACUGUUGUAGAACAUCUAGUUACUGGUGAAACUAUGCAAAUGACAACCACAUCUGAGCAACGUUCUAGCAUGGAGUAUUACUUGCAGAAGACAUACUAUAAGACAGCUUCAUUGAUUUCAAACAGCUGCAAGGCUAUUGCUCUCCUUGCAGGGCAAACUGCAGAAGUUUCAGUGCUUGCUUAUGACUAUGGUCGGAAUCUGGGUUUAGCAUAUCAGUUAAUUGAUGAUGUUCUUGAUUUCACCGGGACAUCAGCUUCACUCGGGAAGGGUUCCUUAUCUGACAUUCGCCAUGGAAUUGUAACAGCUCCCAUAUUAUUCGCGAUGGAAGAAUUUCCUCAAUUGCAUGAAGUCGUUGAUCGGGGAUUUGACAGUCCUUCAGAUGUUGAUAUUGCCCUUGACUACCUUGGAAAGAGCCGGGGAAUUGAGCGAACAAGAGAACUAGCGGCAGAACAUGCCAACCGUGCAGUCGAAGCAAUCGAUGCUCUACCUGAAAGUGAUGAUGAGGAUGUUUUGAUUUCGAGACGUGCCCUUGUGGAUCUUACUCAUAGGGUCAUUACAAGAACAAAGUGAAACGUAUCUUUAAUCCUGGUGGGAGAAGCCUACACUUUUAUGGUGUAUGCCUUGAUCCCAUAGUUCAGAUGUCUGCUUGGACGCGUAGAUCAAGAAGAAACAUUGUUUUAUGAGUUGUUACCUUUGAGAAAUUAUGAGUUACCCUUCUCAAGAAAGUAUUUUCUUUUAGGGAAAAAAGAUAUGCAGUGUUGAGGAUGUGAUCAACUGUUAUCAAUUUUUCCUUCAAUUAUUUCUCAAGCACUGAGGCUCCAGAGUAUAGUAGGGGAAGUCCUCCAUUGUAUUCAAAAUGGACUGAAACACGUUUUCUUAUCAUAUGAAAUUGCCUUUAGUUGCCUUUUGUGAUGCUUCUAAAGUCCAGUUGUCCUUUGUUUUGUUUAAGUUAUAAAAAGUGAUGUGAGGAAUUAUCUUU